GUUUUCUGGCUAGAUGGAGGAAAUGCGCCAAGGUGGCUGUUCCACCUUAUUGCUAUACCUAGCGCAUAGCUGAUCUAUCACUGCUAGCAGCAAAGAUCUCCAAUGGCUGGUGAUGAGAUGCUAGAUGGGGAGGCCUCUGAGUUACUACAUUCUUUCUCAGAUGUCUGGCUGAGCCUCCUUUCUCGUCUUCACGGCUGCCUUGUGACGCUGCCAGUGCCUGCCUGCCUGGCAAGUCAAAACAUGCUCCGGCCCCAGUGGACUAACAGCAGAAGAUGGCAGAGCUGCCGGAGGUUGGGGCGGCUUUGGGGGAGGGCAGUUUGGUGACUGCCGCACUUGAGGGCUGCCGCCUUGCAGGCAACAGGCUGAACCUGGAUGUGUACCCCGACGGCUGUCACCAGUUCCUCAAGCUGUUUGAGAAACGAAGGGAAGAGGUGGCCCAGGUGGAAUUCCUGCGGCUGAACUGCAACGAGGCCCUCAUAGACUCCACGCUGGGCAGCCUUCCUGUCCUGAAGUGCCUGAAGUCGCUGGUGCUCAAAGGUGGGCAUGCCAAGGAUGAAUUCGGUGCUUGUCAACAGGGUUCCCUGACAACCUUGCCACAAGAUUUUAGGAAUCUACUAUGUCUCACACAUCUGGAUCUCAGCUUUAAUAGCUUCUCCAGGUUGCCCAGCUGCGUCACUGACCUUGCCAGCCUCCGUGUGCUCUUGGUGUGCCAUAACAGCCUGGUGGGGCUGCCUGAAGACUUCGGCCGGCUCAGUAAACUGACUUUCUUCUCUGCCAUGAAAAACCAGCUCCGGGAUCUGCCACGGAGCAUCGGGGAGCUGGCAGCGCUGCAGAGACUGGACCUGUCUGAAAACGCCCUGCAAUCUCUUCCCGACGAGAUCGGGAGUCUGUAUAACUGCCUGGAGCUGGAUCUCUCAGGGAAUCAAUUGGUGGGCGUCCCUGGCUCCCUUGCCAAUUUGCGAUCUCUGCAGCAGCUGCGUCUUCACAGCAAUCUCCUGGUGACUGUCCCUGCAUCCCUCGCCAGCCUCCCCAACUUGUCCAGGCUUGACUUGCAGAACAACAGGCUACGCUCCAUCCCCCCCGAGAUCCAGAGCUCCCCCUUCGUGCACCUGCGGGGCAAUCCUUUAGGAGAACCUGAGAUCCCCUUGCAAUCUGAUGAAUCCAGCUCAGGAGAGCUAGGAAGAGUGUUCCUUGUACCCAGUGAUGACAGCUUUACUGUGACCUCCGACGGCUGCAAAGUCAUCCUGGCCUGCGGCAUCCAGUUUUACUUCCCCCCGGGUGCUGCCACCUCCACAGUAACGAUCCAUUUCCAAACGCUCUCGCCUGACCCACGGUGGGUGAAACUGAGGCACCAUGACAUCCUGCUGAGUGAAGUCCUGGAGCUGCGGCCUCACGGGGUUGAGUUCCAGCAGGAGGUGCAGAUCUGGAUGCCUUACACCUCCCCUCAAACGCAGCGUGAGCGAGAGGUGGUAGUUCGGACCUUCAAUGGGCAGACCUGGAGCGACCUGCAAACCAAGGUGGAGCGGAGAGGAAAGCCGAAGAAGCACAUGGCUUGCUGUAGCAUCCCCCACUUCUCCUGGUUCCUGGUCGUCUCUCGGCUCGUGGAGAAUAAAUGCAGUGUCCCAUCAGCGGGGACUUUGCUCUUUUCCACUGUGGAUCCAAGCAUCAAAGUGACCUUCCCUCCUGGAGUCACAGAGGAGACUCGGAGCAUCACAUUGCAGGUGUUGCCAGUGUUGGCAGAGGAGUUGGCAGAGAUCACGGAUGAUCCAGAGUCCAGAGCCAGUCCCCUGCUCUGCCUCUCCCAGAAUUCUACUGUGGAUUUCCUCAGGCCAGUUAAAAUUCAGCUCCCGCUACCUCCAGGGGUCACAGGUCUCACCCUAGAUCGCUCCAGGCUGCAUCUUCUUCACGGCAACCUGCAAGCCCAAACCUGGGAUGACAUCACCAAUCAGGUGGUGCUGGAGUUCACCCACCUCUACGCGCGGUUUGAAGUCACCCACUUCUCCUGGUACUGGCUGUGGUAUACUACCAAGACCUACAUUGGUGGCAUCGCCAGGAAGGUGUACGAGAGGCUGCGCCUGUACCAGGUGAAUUUCAUAGCGCUGCAGAGGAAGAAGGACCCUGAGCAAGUCUUGCUGCAGUGUGUCCCCAAGCACAAGGUCGAUCCUGUUCUGGGAAAGCUUCAUGACCGCUACCAGGGCCCGGAGCCCUCUGACAUUGUGGAGUUGUUUGAGGGAGAGCAGUUCUUUGCAGCCUUCGAGCGGGGCAUCAACAUCGAUGCCGACCGCCCAGACUGUGUGGAUGGACGGAUCUCCUUCAUCUUUUACUCCCACUUGAAGAACAUGAAGGAAAUCUAUGUGACUGCUGAAGUGGAUAGGAAAGGCCAAGCUGUGAAAGGACAGGUCUCCUUCUAUCGUGGCGAAGUUCCAGACAAUGUCCCUGAAGAUGCCACCAAGAAGAGGAAAGGGCCCGAUUCCCACUGGCUGGCUACUCUGCCAAUCAAACUGCCUAAACUGAAAUCCCACUCGGGUGAGCAUUCAGAGCCGAAGAAUGGCUUCUCCUUCCCUCCUCUGAACCUGGGGAAUGCCGAGACCGGCUACCUGACACAAGCUAAUCUACUUGGCAUUGCUGGGCGCAUUGGAGCUGACUGGCAAACCAUUGGCUUGAACCUGGGACUACCCUAUCAGCAGAUCGAACGAAUAGGAUACAACCACAGGGAGGACCUGGAUAGUCAGAUCCUGAACAUGCUCUUCUCCUGGGCUCAGCAAAACUCUGACGACCAAAACUGCGUGGAGAAGCUGAUCACAGCCAUGAAGGAGAGUGGCCGCCAGGACAUUGCAGACGAGAUUGAAACUGUCAUCGAACUGGGAAGGCAGAAAUACAGGGCGUCCAUCCGCCGGGUGGGCCUGGACCAGGAGAGCAGCGCUGAAGACUCCACGAUAGCCAUGGUGUAGCAGCCAGCAGAAGGAACUCUGCUUCUUACGGUGGUGAUCCCUCCCCUGUGCAUUAGGUGGCAUGGCUGCAUGGGGACCUGCCAACUGAUCCACAUGCCACCACCUGCCCUGGGAGCUGGGGGGCACCAGCUGGAUUGUGAUCAUCCACUGCUAACCCACCGUGCUCUGCGAAGGGUAUGCUAAUGUGUGACUUCUGUUAAGUCCGUAUGUGCCAACUUCCUAGUGUGUGGGAAAGGCUGGUGAGUCCCGAGUUCAGGCCCUCUGGCUUUAGGUGUUAGGGACGUGGAGAAAUUCAGAGCAGUUAAAUAAUGGAGAACACUGCUUUUAAUAAUGUUGCUGUAAUAGAUAUUUAUAUAUAAUUUAUGCCUAAACCUAUGUUCUGCUAAUGAUUUGGCAUCUAAACAUUCCCCACCACAUCUCUUCUUUCAGCAUUUCUGUAGGGACAGAUUCAGUUGUGUUCUGGUGUUUGAUGUAAAACUUAAUGGGGGAAUCCCACUCUACGAGCUUGUGCUGUGAUCCUCGCAGAUCUCCAAGCAGAGGUUGGGUCAGUAGUUGGCUGGGGGACCUCCAGCUAUCUAUUUUAGGUACCUAUAUGGUCCCCAUUACCAUCAUAUCGGAGCACUUCACAGUCUUUAGCGUGGGAAAUUUAGAAACAUUUUCAUUUUCCCUACGUUUCCUGUGAAAACAGUUUUGUCUUUUUCCUUCCACAAACAAACAACCAAACCCUGAAAGAGAAUUGUUUUUUGUGGGGAGGGAGGGGAACGUUGGUGUUUGGAUAGUUUGUUUGCUUUUUUUCGUUGGUAGAAAUUUUCCACUCUUUCCAAUUUCUUGUUUUUGUUCAAAAACCAUUUUGCAAUUAUUACUUUUUGAAAACAAUUUUUUUAUUUAUUUUUUUUUUGCCCAACUCUAGGCCUCUGUGGGGCUGGAGGUCUUUUGGAUGAGACGUAAAACCUGGCCGCUCUUGACCGUAGGUUCCAUUUUACUUUCUGCAGUGAAUUAGGAGGUUGACCCCAUUGUCCUGGCCAAAUGCCAAUUUGGAUUCUCAGUUGCCUCUUUAAAGUUUCCCAGCAGUUUCAAGUGGAUACUGUGUUCUUCACUUCCUCUCUUAAACUGUUUGUGCGGUGGGAUUCUGCAGUAGUGGGCGGCAGGUGAGGUUCAGCUCAGAGGUCACAGCGCUCACUCCUGUGUAUAGUUUUCAAAGCACUUGGGAUGAAAAGCACAAUAUUCAUGUGGCAUUUUAAGAGCUGAUCAGGUCAGCUGCAGGACAGAGCCAUUGUGGGAUCUGGACGGAAUGGUGCUGACCUCACCUUUAACCUUCCUAAUCUGAGUAUCCUGUAAAUGAGAAUUCCCUAUUGACUUCCCCUGCUCUCCAACCCAUCUCAUAAUUGGCCUGAAAUAAAGAAAAUGGGAGUCUUUCCAUGGACUCCCCAAAAGCCACUGGAAUCCCUCUUUUAUUACGGGUGCUCCUUAGGAGACUGACAUGAAUGGCAUAUACUGAAUCUUGGGAGCAAUACUUGAAGGGAUACCGUCAACUUGAAAAAUCACAUUUCUGUCUAAAAAUCUUAUACCUACUAUGACCAUUGCAGCUGGAAGAAGUUAGCAAAAACCAGAGUGGCUUUGAUUUAAAUCAAAUGGAUUUAAAUCAGGAUUUAAAUCACUAGUCAGGAAGACUUGAUUUAAUCAUGGUUUUCUACAUAAAAGUGCAUUCUUGUUAUAAACUUAAUACAUAUUCUUCGCAACUCAGAGAUAGAUGUAGAUUUCAUUUUUAGAAGGUACACACUAUACAUUUUUAAACUGAUUUAUUUUGAAAACUUUUCAGAUUAGUUUUACAGUUAUAUCAGAAAAUGAAUGAUUGUUUGGUUAUUUCAUUUGUCAAAGGUAAUUGAAGUGAACUAUCUCCAAUUCAACAGGUUAAUCAUUAAUAUUUGGAGGAUUUUCUUCCCAUGCCGAAGGAGGAGGAGUACAUCACAUUUAAAUUGUUUUAUUUAACUAAACAACAACAUUAAGUGUUCUGAAUUUUUUCUUCAACAGCACACACAUAAUAUUUUAACAAAACAAGCAUAUGUCCCUCGCUUCUCACAUUUAUCUCCAAACUUCUUCUCCUUGUCCAGAUCUGUUCCACCCCCAACAAUCUUCUAGUCAUUGACCUUUUUUAAACUUUGCACUUUUAGAGAGGAGUAAGGGAUUGACUCUGUGUACACAAAUUUGCAGAGGGACAAUAUUGUUGAGGUCUUUUUUUCUCACCUCUAUUUAUUUAUUUUAAACCAUUUUUGCUGUUAACAAGCAUAUUACCUCUGGAGACACAAAUCCACAGUCUGAGAACUGCAAAACUAAGCAUCUCUGAUGGUAUCUUCUAGACUGAGCACUGAGUCCCAUUGGUCGAUAGAAAGAUUAACCUAAAUAAUCUAUACAGAAGCCUGUGGAACCCCAUAAGAUUGGGUCCCUAAUCCAUGAACUAUUGGAACUCAUUUACAAAACUUUUCUUAAACAUUACAUGAAUAUAUUGUCUCAUACUAUAGAAUUAGAAUUAAUAAUUCCUAUUCGAUGAUGAGAUACAUUUUAGCGCAAAGAUAUCUUAAUUAAAAGGAUCUUUAGAUAGCUUUUUUUCCUCAAAAAGCAUUUUAUCAAAAAAAUCCAAUUUUAAAUAAAAACUGAUUAAAAAAAAAAAUCAUUGAUUUUUAUCCAUCUUGGCAAAAACCAGUAAUUUCUCUGGGGGGAAGGUUUUCAGCCUAUUUACUUUGUGCAUCAUCACUUCUAUUGAUUAUACCUCAGAGUCGGUUUGAUUUGCUGAGAAGACUUAUAAAUAAAUAUUGACAAGGAAGCAGAAAAACGCUUGAUCUUUUUUUUUGAAGGAAAUUUUUAAAUCUCCUUUAAUAUAUUGAGUGCUAAAGUUUAAACCAGUGGGAAUUAGGAGGAAACUUCCCCUACGGUGAAGAUAUUCCAUAACUGUCCACUUGUGUUUCUUGUAUCUUUUUCUGAAGCAGCUGAUACUAGCCAGUGUCAGAGUCAGGAUGGUGGGCUAGGUAGCCCAGUGGCUUGAUGUGAUAUGAUCAAUGCUACAUUAUUCUAUAGAAAUUGGAAUUUAGUUGUCGUUUGGUGUUAUUUGUAUUAAGUAGCACUUAGGCCCCAACUGAGAUCAAGUACUGUACCAACUCAUAAGAAGAGCUUACAAGCUACACAGACAAGAGGCGGGAGAGGAAACAGGCAUAGAGAGAGGAAGUGAUUUGCCCAAGGUCACACAGCUGGACCGUGGGAGACAUGGGAAUUGACCCCAGGUAUCGGGGCACUAGGCUGGGAACUGUCUGCUCGACAACACUGCCUGCAGGUUCUCAUUCGUUAAGUUCAAGUUUACAGUGCCGCUUUAAAACUUAUUUCUUCUUCGAGUAGUGUCCCUGUGGGUGCUUCACUUCACUUCAGGUGCACAUGUGCCUCUCAAGCCCUUGAUUGGAGAUUUUCAGUUAGCAGUGUCCAUUUGGCCCGUGCAUGCGCCCUAUGCUUCCUCAUGCCAGAAACCGAGGCUUUAUGGGGGGGUGUGAACUGCCCUCAGUUCCUUCUCCGUCACCUUGCCCUGAGAGGGAGUCUGGUGUACCCGCCUUGAGUGUGCCUUUGCUCUUCUAAUAUAUCUAUAGUGAUUAAGAUAGUUUAUCUAGUUAGUUAGUUGGCAUAGUUACAGAUAGUCGGUAGAGGAUUGUUUUACUCCUUUCUUACCCUUUGGGGAGACUUAUUUUUUCCUGGCAGGGCAUAGCAGGCUUGCCAGGUUUCAAAUGUUGCCUCUCCUGCCGAGAGGCUAUCCCUGUGAGCGAUGGCCGCUCUAAGGGUGUCCAUUGCUUGGCGGAGUCCCACAUCUCCCAGAAAUACAACUUAGGCCUCGCCCUCAAAUGCAGGGCAGGGAAAACCAGAAAGAUUUAAACUGACUGUUACUGAUGGAUCGCUCCCUUCAGCUAGCUUCUGAGUCAGGUCAGAAAUCACCCCACUCCCCACACCAACGUACAUCUGUCUCCGGACAGAUCUGACACUGCUUCUC